CUCACAUGUGGGCAGCUCUAAGCCAUGGGAUGUUCCCUGUGACCAGCCAGAACCCUCCAGAGUGAGGACAGGAGUCCCUGCAAGGACGCACACCCUAUAGCAGCCAUGGACUCAAACAAACAAGAAGGAGAGACUGAAAGUGUGCCUCUGAGUACCCCUGCAACACAGAUUUCCCAGUUGCAGGCAUUAGCCUCUGAGUUGAAGGCGGGUUUCACAGAAGCGAUGCAGGAGCUGUCACGAAUUCAGCAUGGCGAGUACGCCCUGGAGGAGAAGGUCAAGAGCUGCCGCUGUGCCAUGGAAGAGAAAGUGGCCGAGAUGAAGAAUUCCCUCAACACGUUCAAGGAGGAGCUCAGCGAUGCAAAGUCAAUGAUUGAAGAAAUCAGCGCCAAGCAGGAGGAAAUGCAACAGAAAAUUGAGCAGCUGCAGCAAGAGAAGCGGCGGGAAUCACGGAAAGUGAAAGCUAAAAGAGCACAGAAAGAUGAUCAUGGAUCACAGACAGUGCCUACACCUCUCCAGGGCAGCCCAUUUCGAUCGAUUAACCUCCCAGAACCUGUGCUGAUCAAUGAAGAUUUUACAAGUCUUUUACACAAUGUGACUUAUGAAAAAGUGUCUGACACCAGGAUCAUGCCAAUGGCAGAAGGAAGUGUGAAAGUUGUAGCAGGUCCAGGAGCAACCAUAGAGACAGAUGACAGCCUCAAGCCUUCCUUGGCAACGGAGGGGCAGCCGAAAGCACAUCUGCCGUCAACAGUAUGGAAGCAGCCCAAAGACACCAAGGACUGGGGAGAUGAAUACAUUUCCAAAGAGCAACCAGAGAGAGGGAAAGAUGUGGGCCAAAGCAGAUACAGCUCAGCAGACAACAUUAUAUGUGAGCCCUCUUUGGCUGCCAAAAGGCAGAACAUCGCUUUGGAGCUGCUGGAGUCAGAAAGGAAAUAUGUUAUUAACCUUUCCCUAAUCCUGAAGAUCAAGGCGACAUUGCAAGGGCCAGAUGUGAAAAGAAGCACCAAAGAGAGAAGUUUCUUCCCCAACUCUUUGCGGUACCUGGUCCAGCAGCAUGUCGAUUUACUUCACGCUCUACAGGAGCGAGUUCUGAGCUGGCCACGACAAGGGAUCCUAGGAGACAUCUUCCUGAAGUUAACAAAUGAUGAGAAUAAUUUUCUGGACUACUAUGUUGCUUACCUGCGGGACCUGCCAGAAUGCAUCUCUCUGAUCCACGUGGUGAUCCUGAAGGAGGUAGAAGAAGAAAUCAAGUCUGACCUCUACAUUUUGUUCUUCCAUAUAGUCCAGCGAAUCCCUGAAUACCUUAUUCAUCUACAGAAUGUCCUGAAGUUCACGGAGCAAGAGCAUCCUGACUAUUACCUGCUGCUGGUGUGUGUGCAGCGCCUCCGGGUUUUCAUCUCACACUAUAGCCUCCUCUUCCAAUGCAAUGAAGACCUGCUUAUACAGAAGAGGAAAAAGCUGAAGAAGUCAUCCCUGGUGAAGCUGUACAAAGGUCUCACCUCUCAGUGUACAAGCCAAGAGGUUUCUCCAACACCCAGUGCAACAUCUAUUCGGGACAGCGGGAUCCACUCUGAAGAGACAAUACAGUCGUUUCCACCAGCACCCUCCUCUGGCACGCCAACCCCGCAUUUGAUGCCCCAGAUGAAGAAACCCCAGCCAACCAUGAUGGAGAACAUCCAGGCUGUAAAGCCCCCUGACUGGGAAAUGGAAAGUAGAAAACAUGAGAGGCCAGAGAACAUCCUUGCAUCCUCUCAGCUCACAGAGCAGGAACUCAAGGCUCUGACAGCCCCCUUACAAUCCAUCCCUGAAAUGGAGUAUGAAGCACCACCAGCUGAUGCAGUGGGGAACACUGAGAGAGCUAUCAGGACCUCUGUGGAGCUGCUGCAGGAUGCGAGGAACUUUGUGCCAAGCUACGAAGAGUUUGACUACCCUGGGGAGGUUUUCACCCUGCCAGGCCCCUAUGAAGAUGAUGCUUUCCAAAACCUCGCUCUCUUUGAGAAUUGCUCCCCAGCCUCUUCUGAGUCCAGCUUAGACAUUUGCUUCCUUAGGCCUGUUAACUUCACAUCAGAACCAGAGAGGACAGAUCAUGCCUUACAGCCAUUGCCUAAGAGCUGCACUCCUGUAAGCAGCAGUACUUACAAGCGUGAGAUGUUCCACAGCAAAGGCAAGCAGCUGAGCAGGUCUCUGAAGGAGCUGCCGAGGAGCGCUGAAGGUGUGAGCACCAGACUCUACAGCACACGGAGCAGCAGUGGGAGCCGCCUGCAGCAGAAACAGGAGAGGAAUGUCCAGCCUCACAUGAUCUCAGCCUCAUCUCGAAGCUCCCAAAGGAGCUACUUCCCCCCCGCAAGAGGAGCGGGUGAAAAACAGAGCUUCUUGGAAGAGCUCCAUGCAGAAGACAACACCAGGUUCUGCCAGAAGGAUGACAAUGAGCAAACAUCCUUCAGCGACCACAACCCACGGCACGAGCCCAAGGGGGGUUUCCGGAGCUCCUUCCGCAAGCUCUUCAAAAAGAAAUAAGCAGCCCCAAGAAAGGCAGGCCACAGCCUAAGCGCGACAGUGCUUCCCCGGGUCCCUGAGGGUGGAGACAGACAAGCGAGGCCCCAGGCUGCCCCCUGACUAACACAGUAGGUGGAGGGGUGGGGGAGAGGAGACUGUCACAACUGCCUUACAAAUGCAUCCUGCUCUUCCUAGCACAGGGCAGGGCCAGGCUGUGGGUUGAAGUGGAGCUCAGCCAGCAGGUCCAAUAAGCACAGGAACUUGCUAGCUUUCACCCCUGCCUGACUUAACUUUCCUUGGAGUUUUGGAAAGCUUUGGUCAAACCCCACUAUCUUCUCCUCCCCUUCACCCCCCAACGCUGUUUGAUUUGCCAUACAUCUUUGCUCUUUCGAAUUUAAGCCAGGUCUAAUUUGGGGUCACCCACAACAGAGGGGUUACCUUUGGUAGCCUUGGCAUCCUGGCCAGAAGUCUGAAGUUCCCCUCUUUCCUGCACUUCACAGAAGAAAAAAACACCAUCAAAGAUGUCUUCCAGGAGGCCAGCUUGCAUUACGCUGCUGGUGUGAGAAGGUCUAAUAAGCAUCAGCUGAAGCACCUGGGCUUUGUACUGCUUUAAUCAGCAGCAUCCUUUCUUUUGGACUUCUGUCAGUCCCCAAAAUUCUCCUUCACCUUUUUUGCAGCAUGCUGUUUCUUGACUUGCCUCCUGCUGUAUGAUUCUCUGCUCCUGCUGUCGGAAUUGCCCAUGUCUCCAGGCAGGUGAUGCAGGCUGAGCUCAGGGCCUGCCACAAGAGACAGAGACUCUUCUCCGCCCUGUCCCCACUGUGGAUCAAUGUGGACACUGACACAGUCAACCAGUGUCAUGGCUCCUUGUCUGUAACACAACUGAAAUACUCUCUGCUAACUCGGUUUGGCCUGAAACCACCUUACAAGCCCCAUCAUGUGCAGCACCCUGCUUCGGAGCAGUUCCUCUAGCUAAAAUUAGGACACUAGGGCAGGAAAGUCGAGGAUGUCCCACAUUCAAAGUCAGAAGCCCACCUUCUUGUGCGAGGAUACUUUUUCUCCCACAACAAUGCCAGACUCACGCCCUCCUCGUCACAGCUCGGCACGACAAACCCUCAGUAACACUAGGCUCUGCAGAAGACUGUAGCUUUAUGUAUGGAGAGAAACAAAGCCCUCUGGAGCCAUAACCACUUCACACCCCAGCAGCAAGAGCACCAUCGGCACAGGGCUGUGGUGCCAGCUGAAGGUGGGGCAUGCCGAGGGCAGCUUCAAGAGGAAAUGUGGUUUUGGGCAGGAUUGGGACACUAGUCUAUCAUAAAGAACAGCUUCACCUGAAGAGGUUGUGAACUGCCUCUGGGGGACCAACAGCAAUGUCUCAGGGGAAAUACGCAAGGCUGUGAGGUUAGGGGCUUGGGACUCCAACACCACUGAAGGGUGACUGGAUCUGGUGCCAAGAGAAGGGCACCCAUCACGCCACCUGGCUCUCCUGUCAGCAGCAGCAGUACAGGAAGGGCAGGCUCCUUGGCAAACACCCACUGCAGAUGCAGAGCCUCUAGCUGCCCCACAGUGCCGACUGACCUGCACCGACUGGCUGCUUCUCCUUCUCUGGUGGAGCAAAGAGGUGUGUGUGAAAAGGGUUAUCCACCUAAGGCAGAAAAGUCCAGCCUUUACCUCAAUCACAGUUUUUCCCAACAUUUCAAGAAGGUGACCAAGCAAAACCCCAGAGAAUAAAAUGUUUUAGCUGAUGCCUGCCCCAUAGAUCUUACUGGACCCAAAAAUCCACUACUUCUUACAAAAAGGAAAAAAGCAUCAUCCUUCUCCCCCCACCCCAGCUUUUGGAAACUAUUCUGGGAAUUAUUUUUUUUUUAAUCUAGGGUUUUUAAUGACAAAAAAACUUCCAUCUCUUUCCUCUCCUUCACAUCCUUAUUAAAUUACAAAUUCCCUGGCCCUUCCCAGUCAGGGCUGCUCCAUCCUGACCAGCCACUGCAUCACAAAGACACUUCCUAGGACUCUGCAGCUUUCAGUCAGACAGGGCAGGGCCAGCACAGAAAUAUAUAUGAAGAGCCAGAUACUUGUAACUAAAGCAUCAGCAAAGCCUGUUUGUUCUGCAAAGGAAUCAGCCAUAGACAGAACUAUUUGUUUGUCUGUGGCACCAGAGUUAUAUCACUAUGGAUGAGUUCCCACUGAAAUGCACUGAUGCUGUCAAGGGCUCUGAUGUUUGUGUCUUUGGUGUUUCAUAUAUAAUGACAUAGAAUGAACUUGCUCCUCACACCUGCCAGGACAGAAACAAACAUAGGGGAAAACCUACCUGCUGACAUAUCCUGGGUGAGGAAACCCUUCCAAAGUGGCAGACCCUUGCUUGUAAAAUGCACGUGGAUUUUAGCUUCUAUUUUAGUGACUUAAGGCAUGGUCAGAAUUGAUGGUUAUUUCUUUCUGUUCCUGUAUGAGUUCUCACUUCCUGGCUUAUACCUGUCAUUUGAGACGUCCUUCUACCUGCUCAGAAUCUGCAAAUGUGAAUAAAAUGAAUGAAUGAUGCUCAGCACUGUACAGAAACACCCAAACUCUUGCAGGAUCCAAUCCAGCUUCACCU